AUGAUGCCGCGGCCGAUCUUGAAGGACAACUUCAACGUCACGUAUAGGAAGAUUCCUGUCCUGGCUAUCGGGAGAGAGAUCUACAUCGACACGUCGCUCAUCCUGGAAGCCCUUGAACACCACUUCCCGCCCGCUCAGGGCUACGGCUCUCUCUAUCCGGCCGGCCACGCUGCGACAUACCGCUCCCUCAUUCGGGGGUUCGCCUCCUACUGGACGGACCGUCCGCUUUUCCGCGUGACAACCGGCCUCAUCCCAGCCACUGUCUGGCGUACGCACUUUGGCGUUGACCGCGCCAAUCUCAUCGGACACACUCUUGACGCGGAGAAACUCGCGCGCAAGGUGCCGCAGAAUUUGAGCGGGUUGGACCUACAAUUGAGCUUGUUGGAGCCUUUGUUCGUGGGGGACGGCAGGAAGUGGAUAUUUGAGGGCGACAAGCCCAGUGCCGCAGAUGUGGCGGUGUGGUAUCAGCUGGAUUGGGGGGAGAAGAUCUCGCGAGGCGAGGGCAUCAGUGACUUGACAGGUGGACGAGCGAGGGAUGGAGAUGGAGAAGGCAUGGGUAGCGUGUUCAAUAGGGAGAGGUAUCCCGGGCUGGUCGGAUGGUUUGAGCGUUUCAAGGAUUAUAUCCACGAUCUGCCGGGCACGGAGACGAGGGUCGAGCGGUCCGACGAUGCGGGUAUCAAAAAGACGCUCCAAACGCUGAGGGACACGGAAGUGGCGGAGCGGGUGCCGGUGUUGCCCACGCCUGCUGGACCUCAUCGGGAGCUCGACAGGCGAAAUGGGCUUGUGACGGGUACGGAGGUUACUAUUGCGCCUGAUGAUACUGGAAGAGAUAGUCCGACGGUGGGGACCCUACUGGCUAUCGGGCCCGAGGAGGUUGUUAUCAGGCCUCAGAAGACGGACGGGGCAGGGCCGAGGGUGGGAGAUAUCUUCGAUCGGGCGACGGAGAUUCUCUGUCAGCUACCUGUCACAUCACCUACAAUCCUGGGGGCCCUUCCAUUUCAGGGCCCGUUUGACGAUGGGUACUUGUUGCCAACUGUGACCGACUGUCGUCCCGAUAUGGUCUCAGGGACUGCAUGGGAAACAUUACUGGCAGUCAACCACGUGGACACAAUCGUUCUUCGGCUUGUCUUGGGCAUUGCCCAAGCGGAUUUAUCCCGCGAAUCCGGCCCACCACAUUCCGUGCGCCUCCUCAAUGCCACCAUCUACCUUCUGAGGGUCAGCCUUGAUCUGGCAUCUCAAGGCCGUGGUAAUGCGCAGAGAUGGUCUGUGGUUUGCGUAUUCCUGUGGACCUCGUGGCAGAGGAUCCUGAUGAUACGCUUGCGGUCUGUUGUUGGCCGACAACUCCAUGGUUUCGACUACAAUAGCAGGGGUUUGAACUCAAUCCGAGCUCAAGAUCUUGUGCCCGAGAUAUUCGAGUAUCGUGGUAAGGUGCAGCAAGCUGACCUGGAGGCCACUCCCUAUCUUUGUGCAUGGGCUUAUCGAAACCUCAUCGAAGACCGCGCAUGUAUUUCAUCGGAUCUCCGCCACGUAGCGCAGAAUCUUCACGAUUGCUUUGGUGGGAGAGAAGCUGUCUGCAACGCUGGACACGUGCAGUGCAGUGGUCUAUCAUCGGUCUCCUGCGGCCGCUUCGAGAACACGACCGUUAUUAACCAGUCUAUGCACAUGCGGAAGUGUUCGGGAAACUGCCCCCGGCUAUUUUGGUCGCGAGAGUCAUUUGUAGCAGUAUCCGGACCGAAAGCGAUCGACGUUACCACUACAAGUGCAAGCGCCCUACGCUAUUGCCAGGUCACAUCGAAGACGCUUGCAAUAUCACACGUCUGGAGUCAUGGUCAAGGAGGACGACCCGAUCGUGACGGGCCCGAAGGUACCGGAUUCAACCUGUGCCUGCACCAACGUUACUCUGAGAUUGCCGUCUCGCUCGGCUGCUCGUCUUAUUGGAUGGAUACGCCAUGCAUCCCCAGCGAGAAAGGCCUGAGAUGGGACUGCAUCGCCCAUAUCCACAAAAUAUUUACGACGAGCAUGGUUACGCUGGUCUGCGACAGAGAUCUAAUGUCGAUCGAUAUCGCCGACUCAAGCGUGGACGCGUGCGAGAACCUGCUUUCAACCCUUCUCGUCUGCGAUUGGAACAUGAGGGCCUGGACGUUGCUCGAGUCCAUGCGCGGAAGGAGCUCCCUCUACUUGCUCUGUGCCGACGACAGAACCAUCAAACUAUACGACGUGCUGCAAACAGUGUUUCAAGGGGGGAGCCUUGACGUACUGGUCCCGUACCUAACUCGGUCGUAUCUCUUUCCUCCAGACGACAUAAUGGAUAUGGAGCUGUUCGAGGGGAGCGGCUCCGUUGCCACAGCCGAAGAUCAGCAGCUCGCAGAAGGAUUCAUCAGCGUCGGCGAGGCCGCCGUCCUGCUCAGCCAUCGGCACGCAACUCGGGACGAAGACGACGUGCUCAUCUGGAACCUGUUGAUCGGCGAUACCGCAGAGCAAGAUGCCGCAGAAAUGUGGAGACGUCAACUAGGCACGAAGAUCUCGACAGGCGCUCUGGUAUCGAGCGCCCCGCGACUGCGCAAUGUCGCAGGUUUCCACUGGGCACCGUCCCGUCCGACUUUGCCUCGCAGGUCUACGACCAAUACCGCGACCACGACUGCGCAUGAGAAGACAUUACUCGCAUAUGACGGCGGCGACGCAAGGGACGGAGAGAUCACUACUGACGGCUUACGCGCCAAAUGGUUGACAUGCCGUUUCACAAUAGCAGGUGCUAAUGUCCAAGAAGAGCUACAUCUAGGGAAGAACAACAGUACUGAUGAAAAGCUGGCCGCAAUUGCGAACCGCUACAUUCCGGACUUCGCUCACGGUAUGUUACUCCAGGUCUGUCCGACGAGAGGGCCCAACAACGUCCCCCUGCCGUAUCAGGGCUCCAACAACCAUGUGCUGGUGGUCUGUGGAUCUCAUGACGCGUUAGGAUGGGAGUGGAGAGGCGCAUAUGAGUGGGGAAGGACGUGUCCGCUGCCGCGGUUUGUAGUCGAGGAGAUUUUGCUGGUCUAA